AAAGCUCAGUUUUGCGCCUAAAAAUCACUAGGGAAAUUACUUUUCACAAAUAAAAGCACAGAAAAGGAUCUUGUCCCAAAUUGUUUUCCUAGGGUUUCUACUGCCUUUUUUUUAAUCAAAUCGAUCCGAUCAUGGGCGACAAUGAUUCGAAGAAGCAACAACUUGCUGUUGACGUAGAGGAUGACGGCAGCGGUGGCGUGGUCGCCGUUAUUGAACCGACGUCAUUGAAGCGGAAGGUCGACGACGAAGAUGAGGUUGAAGACAAAGACGACGGCGACAAGGAGGAUGAUGGUUACGACGACGAAAUUGAGAGGGAAUUUGACAGAUGGAGCUCAGGGUUAGGUGAUUACGAAGGCAGUGAACAACAAGAAAAGGACUUCCAGAAAUACGUUGACGAGUGUGCUGCAUCUGAUUGUUUUGAUGUGGAAGUUAUCCCCAAGGGCAAGAACUUUAUUGGCAUGCUUGUAAGGAUCAAGGUUGAUGAUGAUCAAGACUUUUUCGCCCAGCACUGCAAGGAAACUAUUCAGAUUGUUCUUGACAAACAGAACAAAGAAAAGGGCACCGACUUGGAACUCGUGAAGCUUAUUAAGGCAAAUAGAGAAGGAAAUGCAUUCUAUUACGCCACCUUUGAGGGUAGAAACAAAACUUCUGGAGAGUUGAACAUUUAUCAAAUGAGCGUCUUCCGCUGUAUGGUUGAUGGUGAUGAUAUUGAAAUUGAGCACUUCAGACUGAAAGGAACAGGAGGUAGACAAGUUGUGCAAACUCAAGUGAAAUCAUGAAGAUAAAGAGUUGAAUAGAUUUGUCGAUUCCUCAUAAACUUUUGGCAAGGAACACUUGUGUCAUGCUCAUGCAGCUAACAUACUCAUAGCUAGACUGCUUAUUUGUGAUGUUUCUUAGGAUGAUAUUGAUGGUAAAUACUAAAUACUGAUAUUUUGUUUGUAAAUGCUGUUAAUUUCGUUUUGCUAUUCGGACUCGAAGAUAUUAUGAAAAAAUAGAGUAUAGUAUUUUCUUUGGUAUGCUUUUUAAA